GCCGCCGCCUCCUCCUGCCGCCCGCUCGGCUCUGGCGCGGGUCCCGGACCGACUGGAACGACCCACGGCCUCUGCCCCUGCCCCAGGGCCCGGCCCGGCAGGUAAGGGAUGGCGGGCGGCGGCGGCGGGCGGCAGCCCCGGGCCCACGGCGGGACCGGAGCCCAUGAGCCUGCCCGGGAUCCUGCACUUUACACAGCACGAGUGGGCGCGCUUCGAAGCCGAGAAGGCCCGCUGGGAGGCCGAGCGCGCCGAGUUGCAGGCCCAGGUGGCGUUCCUCCAGGGAGAAAGGAAGGGGCAAGAGAAUCUAAAGACUGACCUGGUACGGCGGAUCAAGAUGUUAGAAUAUGCGCUGAAGCAGGAGAGGGCCAAAUAUCAUAAACUAAAGUUUGGGACAGAUCUGAACCAAGGGGAGAAGAAAUCUGAUCUAUCAGAACAAGUCUCCAAUGGCCCUGUGGAAUCAGUCACCCUGGAGAACAGCCCGCUGGUGUGGAAGGAGGGGCGGCAGCUUCUCCGACAGUACCUGGAAGAGGUGGGCUAUACGGACACCAUCCUGGACAUGCGGUCCAAGCGCGUGCGCUCCCUCCUAGGCCGCUCGCUGGAGCUCAACGGGGCCAUGGAGCCCAAUGAAGGGGGCCCCAGGGCCACACCAGGCCCCGGGGUCCUCAGCGGGGGCGAGUCGCUACUGGUGAAGCAGAUUGAGGAGCAGAUCAAGAGGAACGCGGCAGGCAAGGAUGGCAAAGAGCGCUUGGGUGGCUCGGUGCUGGAGCAGAUCCCCUUCCUGCAGAGCUGUGAGGACGAGGACAGCGACGAGGAUGACGAGCUGGACGGCGUGCAGCACAAGAAACAGCGUGUGAAGCUCCCCUCCAAGGCCCUGGCGCCCGAGAUGGAGGAUGAGGACGAGGAGGAUGACUCAGAGGAUGCUAUCAACGAGUUUGAUUUCCUGGGCUCAGGGGAGGAUGGGGAAGGGUCUCCAGACCCUCGGCGCUGCACUGGAGAUGGGAGCCACCACGAGCUGGAAAGCCGCCGGGUCAAACUCCAGGGGAUUUUGGCAGACCUGCGGGAUGUGGAUGGGCUGCCUCCCAAAGUGACUGGCCCGCCUCCCAGCACCCCCCAGCCCCGGCCACAUGAAGGUUCCUUUGGCUUCUCCUCAGACGUUUUCAUCAUGGACACUAUCGGGGGCGGGGAGGUGAGCCUGGGGGACUUGGCAGAUCUCACCGUCACCAACGACAACGACCUCAGCUGUGAUCUGUCUGACAGCAAAGAUGCCUUUAAGAAGACAUGGAACCCUAAAUUCACCCUCCGCUCUCACUACGACGGCAUCCGCUCCCUGGCUUUCCACCACAGCCAGUCGGCUCUGCUCACCGCUUCUGAGGACGGCACGCUCAAGCUCUGGAACCUACAGAAGGCAGUCACAGCCAAGAAGAAUGCUGCGCUAGAUGUGGAACCGAUCCAUGCCUUCCGGGCUCACAGGGGCCCUGUGUUGGCGGUGGCCAUGGGCAGCAACAGCGAAUACUGUUACAGUGGUGGGGCAGAUGCCCGUAUCCACAGCUGGAAGAUUCCAGACCUCGACAUGGACCCCUAUGAUGGCUACGACCCGAGUGUGCUGAGCCACGUCCUGGAGGGCCACGGGGACGCCGUGUGGGGCCUGGCCUUCAGCCCCGCCUCCCAGCGCCUGGCCUCCUGCUCCGCCGACGGCACCGUCCGCAUCUGGGACCCCAGCAGCAGCAGCGCAAACUGCCUCUGUACCUUCCCCUCAGCCAGUGAGCACGGGACCCCCACCUCAGUGGCCUUCACCAGCACCGAGCCUGCCCACGUUGUGGCCGCCUUCCGCUCUGGUGACACAGUCCUGUAUGACCUGGAGGCUGGCAGCGCCCUCCUCACGCUGGAGUCCCGGGGGAGCAGCGGCCCCACCCAGAUCAACCAGGUGGUGAGCCAUCCAGCCCAGCCCCUCACCAUCACUGCCCACGACGACAGAGGCAUCCGUUUCCUGGACAAUCGGACAGGGAAAUCUGUGCACUCCAUGGUCGCCCACCUGGAUGCAGUCACCUGCCUAGCUGUGGACCCCAAUGGCGUGUUCCUGAUGUCGGGAAGCCACGACUGCUCGCUGCGCCUGUGGAGCCUGGACAACAAGACCUGCGUGCAGGAGAUCACGGCCCACCGCAAGAAGCACGAGGAGGCCAUCCACGCAGUCGCCUGCCACCCCAGCAAGGCCCUCAUCGCCAGCGCGGGCGCCGACGCCCUGGCCAAGGUCUUCGUAUGACACCCCUGCCCCUCCCUGGCCCCCUCGCUGGCUGGGGGUGGGGCCGGCAGGUAGGCCUGAGGUGACUCCCCACCUGCCCUGGAGCCUGCUGGUGCUAGGGGCCUUUCCCUGGGAAGCCCCGCCCCCGAGGCCUCGCCCUCCCCAGCAGCACCGGGAGCGGCCAGCUGGCCCCGGGCCUCCUUCAGGACGCCCCCCUCGAGGAUCGCCUGGGGGGUUCUCUUCCUGCCCUGGCACCCACUCCUCUAUCUGAGUUGCCUUCUCCAAGCAGCACAGCCAGAGUUGGGUGCCCUAGGGGAUCAGUUUUUCCAAGAUGCCGGAAGGUGCCAGGCUGUCCCCUCCUCUCUACCCUCUCGGACCUGGGUGGGAGCUGUGCUGGGAGGAGUCCAGGGAGCCGGGGGCCACAGGCUCUCCUCAGGGGGAGCGCCCCAGAACCCCGCCCAUUCACUCCACACUGCUUUCCAGACACUAACUCCACCUCCAGGGCCGGUCACUGCCUGGGGGAGAGGAGGCUGCCCUCAGGGCCAGCACCCCGACCCCCCAACACUUUUCCCAGGGCAGCCCCCCAGACCCCCAUGGGGUCACCCAGAGGGAGAUGUCCUUCUCUUGCCCUUCCUUGGGGCAUGGAGGGUGGAGCAAGGCCCCUGGGUCCCCCGUAACUCCCUGUAUAUCUGUAUAAAUAAAUGGGAUUUUAAUGGAGCCCCCCCCCCCGGUUGUUAUCACUGUGUGAUAGUCUGUCCGUCUCCCCUCCUGACCCCUUCUUCCUCUAUUUAUUUCACUCUUCGUUUGGGUUCCGCCCUGUGCCCGCCACCCCUUCCAGGGUCCUGUUUAUAAGCCCUCCUCUCGCGCGCCUGGGCUUGUAUGUGAACGAUUGUCCCAAUAAACCUUUGGAGUAACA